CGUAGGGGAAGAAUAAGGUGACACAAACCAGCAGCUAGGAUAUUCAUUUCAACUGCGCGACAGGUUUAACGCGCGCGCUUUCGCUUCGGACCAACUUUGGCCAAGUCGGUGGGAACCUGGUGACCGGCUGUGUGCCCCGAAACGGCGUGACAAGUUGGGAGAGGGGGUGGGGGGGGGGAAAGGACUCUCAUCACUAUUUUUAAAUGGGUAGAGUGAGAUUUGGGGGGCGUGGACGGUAGAGGAGCAGCAGUGAGCAUGUUGGCUCCUGGCCGCAGCUCCAGUGAUGUGCCGGCUUGAAGAACUGGACUACGCGUAGAUUGAGCGGUUGUACGCGGAACCGUGCGGGCGUCUACAGCCGACCUUAUGUCAUUUUGAAGCCCGUUAAGCGUCCUUUGGAUUUAUAUCUUCAACGCGCUGCCGUUCGGCGUUCCAGCGGACUAUAAGGAAGGAGGAUCAGCCCUGAAAAGCACCGCGGACUCACAAGGUCGGGGAUGGUAACCAAAGCAUGGAUACUCCAAAUAUUGUUUAAUGCAGUCAUCUUUACUUUCCUAAUAGGCUACUCGGAGAAAGCACUAGAUAGUUAGUUAUUAACGACCUUAUAAUGCGUUUGAAACGCCGAAUGGGAAAGUAACCAUCACUUUAGUGUCUUCUUCUCUCCGAGUUGUAGCCGAUCUGGCAACAGCCAAAAUGACAAGCAACGGACCUGUCAUCGUUUACGAGUGGCUGAAGACCCUCCAGCUCGCUCAGUACGUCGAGGCUUUUGUGGAUAAUGGAUAUGACGAUCUGGAGGUUUGCAAACAAAUAGGGGACCCUGACCUGGAUGCCAUCGGCGUCUACAUCCCUCACCACAGGCAGAGGAUUCACGACGCCGUGAGGAGGCUGAAAGAUGAAGCCAACGAGACGGCCAGUGGACUAUACUUCACCCUGGAGCCCAUGCCACCCGUAGCCGAGAUUUAUACCAGUCACAUGGUGGACCAGUAUGAGUCCAAACUGCGGGCAUCUAAAUCCUGGACCGAGGCCAACAGUGACCGGGCUGGGCGCAACGGUGGGUACAUGGGCGCGCAGAGGAACCUGACGCUGGGCAACAGGAGGGAGCUGGUGAUUUACCCCAAGCUGAAGCUGAAGAUCAUGAUCAGGGAUAAGCUCAUCAGAGAUGGCAUCAACCUCGCCAAGCCACCCUACUCUAAUAAGGAUGGUUCUCUGGGCAACAUAGAUGAUCUUGCCCAGGAGUAUUCUGAGUACUACAAUACCUGCUUCAGUGACGUCAGUGACCGCAUGGAGGAGCUACGCAAAAGACGAGUCUCCCAAGAGCUUGACAUGGAGAAACAGGAUCCAAGCAGCACAUCCCUGCAGCUCCGUUCUGAGAUCCAGGAAUCAUUAGGCUUCAGCAGUGAGGUGUCCACUCCAGAAACAGACAGAAAGAUGUCCCUGCAUAAAUCCAACUCUGAAGAUGGGUCUGGAGGUAAAUGGGACAAUAAGAAAAAGAACAAAUCUUUUUGGCAGAACUUCCGCAAAUCUCAGAACAAACCAGUCAUGCGACAGACAUCAAAAGGAGAAGACAUAGGCUACGUGGCCAGUGAGAUCACCAUGAGCGAUGAAGAGAGAAUCCAACUUAUGAUGAUGGUGAAAGAAAAGAUGAUCACCGUGGAAGAAGCUCUAGCUCGGCUGAAGGAGUAUGAGCGCAGCAGACAGUCCAGCAGUUCUGACACUGCAGAGUGGACUGAGGGAUCUGCAUCCAAUCUAAACCAGUCCUCAAACUGCAACUCUCGUGAACAGUCAGACGAUGAGCAAUCGGAGGACUCUGUGAAGUUCAAACGGCUUCACAAGCUGGUAAACUCUACACGCCGGGUCAGGAAAAAACUUAUAAAGGUGGAGGAGGGCAAGAAACAUGGCUCUGAAGAUUUUCUGAAUCUAGGGGCGUCACCCACCUGUGAGGACAAAGCAGCUCUGUAUACAGGGGUCCUAAAGAGGCCCCCUUUACCCCAGGAGCUCUCCUUGCCCUCCCUCACCCAGGAUGAACUCUCUCUGGAUGGAGACACAGACAGUCUGACCAACUCCCCUUCCUCCAGCAGCCUAGACACCUGGUCCGGACACAAGCUAGUAAAAACCUUUAGUAAGUCUUCCAGUACCCACGGACUCAUCCGCCCCCCCAGGAGAAUCCCAGUUGGCUCUGGGGGCCUGGGAGGCUCCAACUCCGGCGUUGGAGGUAGUGGCUCUUCCUUCUCAGAACUGGAUGGAUGUGGAUUGGACGACGAAGGAAAGCUGUCACGCUCUACCACCGACGGCGAGAUGCGGAAGGCCCUGAACUCCAUCUCCCAUGGGGUAAGUAACAAUGAGGCUCUCUACGCCUACUAUGGCCUCACCAAACCCCGCCCCAAACCCCAUGCCCAGUCCCGCCGCCUGAUCUCCCUGGAUGACGGCCCACAAGGCAGCCCCAAACACCAAGCUGCCAACCGGCACCAUGGCAGCUGGACGCACCGGAAACCUGAUCCCAACUAUGCUUACUCCACCAAACACUUACUCUACCAACGCUCACGCAGUGCCAAGACCCCUAUCUCCCCUCUGUCUCUCACCCCUUCCUCCCCUGCCCGCUGUGAUGUAGCCAAAUCAAAAGGUUUUGGAAGUGGGGGAGGGGGCUGGGUGUUCCCCUCUCGCAGGCUGCGUGGUCGUACGGCAGUCAGUGAGCUGAACAUCACCUAUGUGGUAGAACGGAGCCUGUACGGUCACCUCAACUGGGCUCAGCUGGUGCGCCCUGUUACCCUCAGCCGCGCUGAGCGCCGCUGCCUAUUGGAGGAGGACCGCGAAGCAGACAGGAAGUGGGCGGCCAGUGUGGACCGCUGCACCAAGCGUGUGCUCUUGCGCAUCCAGCAGAAGUCUAGAACAUGCAGCUUCGGAGGCUUUGACCUGUCUAACCGUUCACUCCAUGUGGUCAACGCGGGCUGCGAGGCCAAUAAUAAAGAACAGGAGGCAAUAUACAGAGAAGUGGUCAAAUCCCCCACCACGUCUCGGAUCUCACUGGGCAAGAAGGUCAAGUCGGUCAAGGAGACGAUGAGGAAACGCAUGUCGAAGAAGUACAGUAGCUCCUUGUCUGAGCAGUCCAGUCCGGAUGGAGCCCCUGGCUCCCCCCAGUCCCCUCAGCCUGACACAGACUCUCUGGAGAAGCCAAAGCUGAAGGCCGGAGGCUCGGUGGAAAGUCUGCGUAGUUCACUCAGCGGACAGAGUUCAAUGAGUGGUCAGACAGUGAGCACCACUGACUCGUCAGCCAGCAACAGAGAAAGUGUGAAGUCAGAGGAUGGUGAUGACGAAGAGCCGCCUUAUAGAGGGCCGUUCUGUGGCCGCGCCCGAGUCCAUACAGACUUCACCCCCAGCCCCUAUGACUCAGACUCCCUCAAACUGAAGCGUGGUGAUGUGAUUGACAUUAUCAGUAAGCCACCCAUGGGUACGUGGAUGGGCCUGCUGAACAACAAAGUGGGCACCUUCAAGUUCAUCUAUGUGGACGUGCUGAGUGAAGAAGAGGAGAAGCCCAAGAGGCCUGUGAGGAGGAGGAGGAAGGGCCGACCACCCAAACCCACAUCAGUGGAGGAGCUGCUGGAGCGCAUCAACCUUAAGGAGCACAUGCCCACUUUUCUGUUCAACGGCUACGAGGACCUGGACACUUUCAAGUUAUUAGAAGAGGAGGACCUAGAUGAGCUGAACAUUAGAGAUCCUCAGCACAGAGCCAUGCUGCUCACUGCCGUAGAGCUGUUACAGGAGUACGACAGCAGCAGUGAUCCAGAGCGCAGCGGCCUGUCGGGCUCCCAGGAGAAGCUGCUGAACGAGGGUCAGGGCCUGGUGGGAGACUCCCCGCGAGACUCUGGGUGCUACGAGAGCAAUGAGAACCUGGAGAAUGGUAAGAGCAGAAAGGCUUCCCGUUCCACUCGUUCCUCAGCAGGCCUCCAGUCUCCAGACUACCCCACCCUGCCCAUGACCCUUUCAACAGAGGCUUUGCAGCAGAACAGCAAGAACCAGCGCACAAAGUUCCCAAAACGUUUCUUCAUCAAACCCUCACUAAAGGGCUUCAACCUGUUAGGGCUGCGCAAAGCCCAAAGACGGUCUCCCAUCCCGUCCAGCCGCAGCUGUGAGGACCUGGAUGGGUCCCCACAGCCCAAUGGACCCUGGAAACGCUCCCACUCUCUGGGGGAUCUGCACUGGGAGCAGAAGUUUGAGCAGAAGGAUCUGGGUGUGGAGCUUAAACUCACUAAGGAAGCACCCAAAUCAGGCAGUAGCCCCACCAAGGUCUGUAGAGAGGGCUCCCCAGCGCACAAUGGGACUCCAACAGUAAGCCCAAAAGGAAGGUCCAACAGACCACCUGUCCCCUUCCAGCUGCCUCUUCACCCCCCUUGUCCCACAACCCAGUUCCCCAACCCUCCAGAGCUCCUCUCCAGUCCUACGCCAAGUCCCACUGAUUCUAAUGCAAGUGGGGAGAGGGUCUUACGGACUCACGCCAAAAAGCCUCCAGUCCCUCCUCCUGUACCUGCCAAAAAGUCUAAGGAAAGACUAGCCAACGGGCUGCGUCACCCCCCCCUCUCUCUACCUUCCUCGCCAUCACCCACUCCCUCUCCUACCCACUCCCUCACCCGUUCUCACCCCAGCAGCCCUAUAACCCGCAGCCCCAGCUACGGUGCCCCAGCUCUGCCUGCCAAGACCCCAAGCACCCCUGCAAGCCCAUGUGCCACCUCAUCCGCCUCAUCUAUGGGCGAGGAGUCAGGCACCCCGCCAGCAGUGCAGCCCCCGUGGUUCUCAGAUCUGGGGGGAAAGGUGGCUGUUGCAAGGAAGGCUUCACAUGCCAAGAUGAGUCCUGACCUGUUUACCCUCCUGGAGCAACGGCUGGAGGCUGAGGGCAUUGAUCUUACAGAGGAGCCCUACUCUGACAAGCAUGGGCGGUGUGGCAUCCCCCAGCCGCUGGUGCAGCGUUACUCCGAGGACUUGGGGCAGCCCGUCAAGGAUGUGGCCUCCACCAUGGAUCAGCUUCGAGUCAAAGAGCUGCGUAAACAACACCGCAUGGCUAUUCCUUCUGGAGGUUUGACAGAGAUGUGCCGGAAGCCUCUGCCCUCAGGGAACAUCAGCACAGUCCCUGAUUGGCUCACCUCCAUCGGCCUGCCCAUGUACGCCACAUCUCUGGUGACAGCGGGAGUCGACACGCUGAGUCGCGUGGCCUUGUUAACGGAGAGCGCCGCGUGGGAAGCGGGGGUGCGGGAUGAAAGACACGCCCGCCGGCUGGUCAGUGAGGCACGAUUGGUCAGCUCGCACAGAGAGGUGCAGUCCUAACCAUGAAGGUGGAGUCGUAUAAAGUAACAGGUAUCAACUCACUGGUCAGUACCAUCUCAUUUAAACAUGGUCAGUAGGCGGCCGAAGACAAAUUGGCCGCAGGACUUGACGAUCACAUGAAUGACCAUAGCACUACAGUCCUUACUGUCUCGCAUGUCUCAAAAGACUUAAAUUGAGCCACCCUGCUCUCUGAUUUUCCUCUCUUUAUUACUCUUCUCUCAAAUGUUUACGGCAUUAAGGAGUUUCUCCUAACAGCCAAGACAAGAUAUCCGAUGCCUUUAAAAAAGAAAGACUGCAGACUCACUCUGUGGGAUGGCGUCCAUUCUGAAGACACCCAUAGUCUUAAAAUAAAGACUUGGAUCUGCCUUGAAGGAUGAUAGCACAGUGUUUUGUAGGAUGGAUGAUUUUUUAAAUACAGAAAGGAUGGUUUACUUCCUGCAUAUUUCAUAAAUGCUUCAUUUUCAUCCUUUGUGUCAAGGCAACAUUAUCUGAGGGUCUUUUAUGGAAGUAGCUCGGCCAAAGUGAUUUACUCCACAUUUAGCGUUUCAUUCCCACUAAUAGGUUCAUAAUGAUGAUUAUAAGAUUCACUUAACAUUUGAACUAAAUACACCAAACAAUGAAUAACUGGGGGUUUUGAGAUGACUUAUUUUGUAUCAUGUUUCUGUAUUAUAGCAUAACACAUAAUCAUUGUAAAAUGAUUUAUAUGUAAACUUUUGUGUUUGCCUUUUGAAUGUUUUUUUUUUAUUAUUUUGAGGCCAGCUCUGUCAUUUCUAAGCUUAAACAGCUGACAUCACACCUUUAUAUUUCAUAUUAUACUGUAUGUCCUAUUACAAUGCAUGUCUUGGAUGCACACACUACACCGAUAUGAAUAUAAGUCUUACAGAAAGCUCUGAUUUACUCUAGUAAUCACAAUCAGCUUUUACAGCAACAAAGCAUUUCCAGUGAAUCCAAGCUCAUUUUAAUUUGCCUUACCAUUUUGAAAACAUAGCUUCAUCAUCAAAUAGAACAAUUGUAUAGUAUUGACUAUAGCACCAAGGCUAACCUGUGGAAGAGGUGCAAGUCUCUUCUUUUCUGAAUGUUUCGGAGAAAUAGUUGAGAUCAUUUCAGCCAUAAACCAUGGAUGUGGACCACAAAACAUGUCUGACGGAUUGUGGUUUCUUUACUUGUGAAACUCAGAUGAAAACCACAGGCACAACACAGACGUUGUCCCAUGUUUAACAUUCCUGUUUAACACAUUCACUGUACGUGUUCCAUGUAGAGGGUUGUGGGACGAGGGGGGGGGGGG